UGACUCUUCUUCCAUAUUGAUCACUCAUUCAUGUCAUGUCCCCACUCUUUAGAAAAGUUGCUCUCUUGACUCAUAAAUCUCAUCGUCAGCGGUGGUCACCCACCAUAACAAACACCAAUACGGCUUCGUGAGAAUACCAACACUACCCUUUCCCUUUGAGAAACCAAAAGCAGAUAUGCGUAAGCGUAUCCUCAAAUUCUUUAGAACAAAAAUCCAAAUGAUUCUUCUUGCAUCAUUCUUAGUGCUCCUAAGCUUCACCACAUUCGAAGCAGCUCCAGUAUACAACUUCCACCAUUGCACAGAUUACCAAACUACCUAUUACAAACCCAAUUCAACUUUUCAAAAUACCUUAAAUACCCUUCUCUCUUCCCUCAUCUCAAACGCCACCCUCCACAACGGUUUCUACUCCAUCCACAUACCCCUCCAAACCCCUAACGAUUUAAAAGGACUUUUCCUCUGCCGUGCUGACGUCACCCCUUCCCUCUGUCAAAACUGUGUAACCGCCGCUGCCAACAAUAUUACGAAACUUUGCAACAACCAAACAGAGUCUAUAAUCUGGUACGAUGAGUGCUUAUUGCGUUACUCCAAUGACACCGUCUUGAACCAUAUAGUUCCAUCAACAUAUUUGGAAUCUCAAGAGAGUGUUCCUCAUUCAGAACGUACACAAUUCAAUGAUUUUCUUCCAAGUUUUUUGAAGGGGGUAGUACAAGAAGCUGUGUAUUCUCCUCAGAAAUUUGCUGUGAAAGAAGCGAAUUUCACGGAUUCUAUGAAAUUCUAUUCUUUGGCACAGUGUACACCUGAUUUAUCCACGUUUGACUGUAACACGUGUUUGCAAGGUGCUAUUAGUACAAUCAAUGGAAAACGAGGAGCAAGAUCACUUCUUCCUAGUUGUAAUCUUCGAUACGACUCGUAUCAGUUUUACAAUGUUUCUUCUGUUUCCACUCAACCACAACUUUCAUCUCCUUCUUCAGGAAAAAGGAAAGUUUCUAUUGUUAUUGCGGUUGUUGUUCCAAUUGUUGUUGCUGUGGUACUUUUCAUUAUUGGAUGCUUAUUCCUGCUUAAGAGGGAAAAAAAUAAGUAUAAGUAUAAUUCAUUCAUUCAGGGUUCAUCCUCAAUUCGGCGCGAGGAUCUUAGCGAUGUAGAUUGUUUGCAAUUUGACUUUGCCGCAGUUGAAGCUGCCACAAACUGUUUCUCGAAUAAGAAUAAGAUUGGCGAAGGCGGAUUUGGCGUUGUUUAUAAGGGUAUCCUUCCUAAUGGACAUGAGAUAGCUGUGAAGAGGUUGUCGGCAACCUCACUGCAAGGUGUAAUAGAAUUCAGGAAUGAAGCUUCCCUUGUGGCCAAGCUUCAACAUAGAAAUUUAGUGAGGCUGUUGGGAUUUUGUUUGGAAGGGCGCGAGAAGAUGCUUGUCUAUGAAUACAUACCGAAUAAAAGCCUUGAUCGUUAUCUAUUUGAUCCUGCAAUGCAAAGGGAGUUAGACUGGUCAAGACGCUACAAGAUUAUAGUUGGCAUCGCUCGAGGGAUUCUUUAUCUCCAUGAAGACUCUCAACUUAGAAUUAUUCAUCGUGAUCUCAAAGCUAGCAAUGUUCUAUUAGACGAAAAUAUGAAUCCAAAAAUUUCAGAUUUUGGGAUGGCAAAAAUUUUCCAAGCAGAUCAAACUCAAGUAAAUACAGGAAGGAUAGUGGGGACUUACGGCUACAUGUCUCCAGAAUAUGCAAUGCGCGGACAGUUCUCUGUUAAGUCAGAUGUGUUCAGUUUCGGUGUCUUAGUUUUGGAAAUUGUGAGUGGCAAGAAAAAUACUGAUUUAAAUCAAUGGAAUAAUGCUGAUGACCUCUUAAGCUAUGCUUGGAAAAAAUGGUCAGAGCAAACACCUUUAGAAUUACUGGAUCCAACACUACGAGGUUCUUGUUCAAGAAAUGAAGUCAUCAGAUGCAUCCAUAUGGGUUUGUUGUGUGUUCAAGAAAAUCCAAAUGACAGGCCUUCUAUGGAAACUAUUGCACUUAUGCUCAACAGUUAUUCAGUUACCUUGUCAUUACCUCGACAACCACCAUCUUUCUUGCGUGGAAGAACACCCGACAGAAUAACACAAGGGCUUAAUUCUGAUCAGUCUUCCACCUGUUCAAUUCCAUGGUCUGUGAAUGAAGUAUCCAUUACCGAAGUAUAUCCUCGAUAAAAGAUAUUGUUUGUAUGUUUUCUUUGAUUCAUACAGUGUAUGUUCAAAUCAUGUCAAACUAUGGUGUAACAGCUACAUUUACCUAGUUUAUAUAUAUAUAUAUAUAUAUAUAUAUAUAUAUUGGAAAUAAUAAUAGCUAAAAUAAUUGUUUUAAUAGUAAAAAUUAUGGCUAUUGAGUGUAGAUUCUGUCGGCUCUAUAUACUUACAAGCUUCAUGUUAGAAUUGGGAUGCACAUGCAUUGUACAUAAUUGAGACCUGAGCAAUUUGCAAUAUCAACAAAAUUGUUUCAGAAACA